AUGUCGAUGAUACAAAGUCUUUUAAGGAGACGCAAGGCGGGCCAGGCUCGACCGUCGGCUGAACUGCUGAAACAGCCGUCCAGUCCGAGUGAGCUCCGACUCCGCCCAAACGCAGGAGCGGCGUCUAACAGCACGAGCUCUGCCGUUCGCAUGGCGGGAUUGGGGCUGGGAGGAGGGGUAUCACUUACCUCGGUGGAAGAGUAUGAUGAGCAGGGCAAGGGCAUGCAAGGCGGAGGCAGCCGCGGUAGUGACGAGCGAGAGGCAUCGAUGGGCGACGACGCGCCAGGAGAGCCGGACAUGCGACGAGCAGUUGACGUGCCAGGGACGCGAGCCAACGGAUACGCAUCGGCAGGGUACCACCGAGAAAAUCGCAGAAGUGCGAAUGGUCAGCCGCACACGAUGAAGAAGCCAGCCGGCCAGGAGAGACCAGUCAUGCGCCGCGCAGACGGUAAAGUUGGCGAGACGAGCGAUCGCAUCGAAAAGGCAUCGUUAGGGCAGAUCGGCGUCGUCGAAGGAGGAAAGGGGUGA